CUUGUCAGUCUGACUCAGUCAGCGGAUGCUCGCGUUUGGGUUCUAGAUCUCUUAAAAACAGCUGAAAGCCACAAUUUUCAAGCGACCUCGACAAACCGGAGCUCAACAGCCUCCCCUUGUGGUGAAAUCCAAAACAUCUUGGAUUGGAAAAAACAAAACGAUGUGAUAUGAAUAUCAUUUCAUCCCCCCCUGUGUGUCGAAGGGCCUUUUUCCAUAAUGCCGGCCAAAAGCAUGUCCACUGAAAUGACUUCAUAGCCGCUCAAUUCAAGCAAAAGCGUCAUAAACCAUGGAGGCUUCGAGCCCCGCCCACGCUGGGACUUUCCCGACGACGGCCGCCCUGCUCCCGUCCUCCGCCACCCUCUCCUCUUCUGGCUAUCUUCAGUUCUUUUGGAAUUACCAGGACAAGUCUGUCAUUCUGGAACAUUACAACUACACGGGCAAACUGCAGGGGCAGGGGGACCGCUACCGUGACGGCCUCCGACCCGAGGGCAUCGCCUUCCUGGUGGUGUGUCUGCUCAUCGUGCUGGAGAACGCCGUGGUUCUCCUGGCUAUCUGGAGGAACAAGAAGUUCCACUUGCCCAUGUAUUACCUCCUGGGGAACCUGACUCUGUCCGAUCUUCUGGCCGGGAUCACCUACAUGGCCAACAUCGUCAUGUCCGGGCCGAAGACUUUGCAGCUGACGCCGUUGCUGUGGUUCGUCAGGGAGGGAGGCGUCUUCAUCACUCUGGCCGCUUCCGUCAUCAGUCUGCUGGCCAUUGCGAUCGAGCGCCACGUAACCAUGGUGAUGAUGAGGCCGUACCACGGGGCAAAGCGGGGACGGAUGUUGGCGCUGAUUUGUGCGAGUUGGGCCCUCGCGGCCUUUUUGGGCGUCCUCCCGAUCCUGGGAUGGAACUGCAUCCACAGACUGGACCAGUGCUCCACCGUCCUUCCUCUUUACGCCAAGAGCUACAUCCUGUGCUGCGUAUCCGUCUUCUGUGCGGUUCUCCUCGCCAUCGUGGUCCUGUACGCCCGGGUUUUCCGCAUCGUCCGCACCAAUACGCGACGCCAGCGGGUCGGCUUGUCCAGCAGCAUGAGAAAGGGCUUGGCCAGGAAGUCCCAAAAGUACAUCGCCCUCCUCAAGACGGUCACCAUCGUGUUGGGCGUCUUCAUCGCCUGUUGGCUGCCCCUCUUUCUCCUCCUCCUCCUGGAUUUCUUCUGCCUGACACGCAGCUGCCCCCUCCUCUUCAAGGCCGACUACUUCCUGGGAGUGGCGAUGGUCAACUCGCUCCUCAACCCCAUCAUCUACACGCUGACCAGCAAGGACAUGAGGAGAGCCAUCCUGAGGCUGCUCUGUCGGCCGUGUCUCAUGACCAGGGACGGCCAGGUGAAGAAGAUCGGCAUGCCCUUCCUGGAGUGCAGCUUCAGUAAGACGGAGUUGCCCUCCCAGAAGUUGGAGCCGGGGAUGGAGACGACAAUCUCCUCCGGGAACGUCGUCACCGCCCCGUCUCCCAUCAAGACCCUCUAUCCCAAAAUGUUCAAGCCCUAAAGACUUGUCGGCUUGGCUCCAAUUUAACAGAGGACACGUCGCGCACCUUCUGGAGGACAAAAAUCCCUUUUGCACUGCACGGCACCUGCUCGACUCACCACUGACUGGUGUUAGUACCUGGUGUGUGCCAAAUUGAGAGCACCUAAACCAAUGCUGGGCUCUUACUGGUCCUUGCUUACCAGUUGUUGUGCCCUGGCUUUGGACGACAGUGUUAUAGUCCCCAAUCUUCACUUUGGGACAGCAGACAGUUUUCUUGCUGUCCUCAGUGUCUUCUUGAAUAAAAAUGUUCUCCUAGGAGCUACAAGCCGAUAACUAAAUACAAGGAGAGCUUUGUUAGGAUGUGGUCUUCUGAUUCGUCCUUCUUUGGCUGGUGACCAGUCCGGGGUGUGUCGCGCCGCUCGCCCCAAAGUCGGCUGGGACAAGCUCCAGCUCACCCGUGACCCGAAUGUGGACAAGCGCAACAACAACAAAAUUGAUGUGUGGAAGACCGAACACCCGAAAAAGAAGCAAGGAGAGCUGAGUUGAGGCGAGCUGGACAAGGAUGACUAUGGACUAAAACCAGAAAAAACAGUGGACGAAAAAUGGAAGGAUCCAACACAGAAAGCUGCAGAAUAUGAAAUAUUCCUGUCGAAGACUAAUCAUUAGUGGCUCCGUUGUACACAACCAUGACAUGGAGUUACACGGUGAGACAACAAGGCCACUCAAAUGUGAACAAGGCCACGCUUGUCAGCUAAUUUGCACUGAGACUUCGUAGACAAUAGAGAAAUUGGCUUGCGCUCCUGUGGUUCUGUGGUUUGAAUCCAAGCCUGGAAGGACACUUUGAUGACACCAGUGACUGACUUGUGUGAAUAUCCCAUUCAGACUCUCUUGGAGUGGCUUUCUUCAACCCAUCGGUGUGGUUCCUUUUUAAAUGAGCGCAGACAAACACAACGUUGUACCGGCAGCUGCACAUCUGUAAACGCGAGGAUUUCGCUGGAUCGAAGGGCCUAGGUGUGAUGUACGCAUGGUUUUACCGUGUUGGUCAUGGAUCGGGAAAACGAACAGGAAAGAGCUAGAGUACAUACGAUAGACCGGUGGUUCUCAACUGGUGGGUCAGGACCCAAAAAGUGGGUCGCAGACCCGUUUCGGGUCGGUCGCAGACGGUGAGUAUAAAAAGUUACAUGUGUUCUGAUUUUCUUCCAGUACAGUACAGAGACGUAUUAUGUUCCCACACGGAAUGUUACUUGUUCUCUAAGCCACUAGUUUACUUUGUAAGCAAAUACAGUGCAGCUCAGCCUGGGGCUGGCGGACGUCAUGGCAAGCAAUGUGCCUUUGGCAAUACAGAAAACUCAUUUGAAAUGGCAUUUAAAAAAUGGUUCUUAACCCCUGUGAAAGCGGGUCGCGUGUUUGCAGCAAUAGGAAAAAUGCGGGUCCCGGGGUGACAACAGUUGAGAACCACUGCAAUAGACCACAGAAAGCUUGAAUGCAUCGUGUGGGAGGGAGAUGAAGGCUGGCCGUUUUACAAUGUAAGUCAAGUCAUUGCACGCCAAGUGGAAAGUCUGUUAGUUUUGGUCUUAAAUGUCAGCCCGACUGCAAAGCUGAGCCACACAGGCACAAUGUUGUAUUUGGAUUACACUGAUAAAACACAUAAAACACAUUGUUUCUAUUAUCUCAUGUUUGGCAUCAC